CUCCACUCUCUCCCAUCCUCGACAUACCACACCGCCAACAUGAAGGUGACGUGGAAAGAUAUCGCGCCGGUGCCGACCUCGCAGGAAUUCCUCGACAUCGUCCUCUCCCGCACACAACGCCGCCUGCCUACGCAAAUCCGAGCGGGUUUCAAAAUUCACCGCAUUCGAGCCUUCUACAUUCGAAAAGUCAAGUACACCUCGGAGACGUUCGCCGAGAAGAUCUCAGCCAUUCUGGACGGAUUCCCACGUCUCGCCGACAUCCAUCCUUUCCACAAAGAUCUGCUCAACACACUCUACGAUGCCGACCAUUUCCGGAUAGCCUUGGGUCAGCUGAACACCGCAAAAGGACUCAUUGAGACCGUAUCGCGAGAUUAUAUCCGUCUGUUGAAGUAUGGACAGAGUCUGUUUCAAUGCAAGCAGCUCAAGCGCGCUGCGCUGGGUCGCAUGGCCACAAUCUGCAAGCGACUGAAAGACCCGCUUGUCUACCUCGAGCAAGUGCGACAGCAUCUUGGUCGUCUUCCCGGAAUCGACCCCAACACUCGCACACUUCUGAUCUGCGGAUACCCGAAUGUCGGCAAAUCCUCUUUCCUCAAGAACAUCUCCCGAGCCGACGUUGACGUUCAACCUUACGCUUUCACCACAAAGUCGCUGUUCGUGGGACAUUUCGACUACAAGAUGCUGCGUUUCCAAGCGAUCGACACACCGGGUAUUUUGGACCACCCCCUUGAAGAGAUGAACACUAUCGAGAUGCAAAGUAUCACAGCCAUUGCGCAUUUGCGAAGUGCCAUCAUGUACUUCAUGGAUUUGAGUGAGCAGUGUGGAUACAGUGUGCAGGCACAAAUUGCUCUGUUUGAGAGCAUCAAGCCUCUUUUCGCCAAUAAGCUUGUGUUCAUCGUGAUCAACAAGAUCGAUGUGAUGCGCCCAGAGGAUCUCGAUGCGGAAACACAGGAGCAAUUGCAGAAGUUGUUGAAGGGAGCGAACAUUGAGAUGCUCCAGCUCUCUUGCACAACGACUGAGGGUCUGAUGAAUGUUCGAAAUGCGGUUUGUGACAGACUCCUGGCCGAGCGAAACGCACAGAAGCUCACCGCUGGUACCAAUGCGUCUGGCGAGGUUACUGGACGACUCGGCGAUGUUCUCAGAAGAAUCCACGUUGCGCAGCCACUGGGUGGUGUGAAGUGGGAGCCAUCCAUUCCUGAAGCAGCGCUCAACAAGAUGAAGUACGACAAAGACGACCCGAACAGGCCCAAGCUUAUGCGCGACAUCGAGGAGGAGAAUGGUGGAGCCGGCGUAUUCAACGUCAACCUCAAAGACAACUAUCUCCUCGAAAACGACGAAUGGAAGUACGACAAGAUUCCAGAAGUCGUGGACGGCAAGAACGUAUACGACUUCAUCGAUCCCGACAUCGAGGCCAAGCUCGCCGCCCUGGAGGAAGAGGAGGAGCGCCUCGAGGCUGACGGCCAUUACGAUGAGGAGGAGGACCUCGAAGAUGCGGAGGAUGCGGACAUUGCCUACAAGGCGGAGCUGAUCCGCGAGAAGAGACAGCUGAUUAAGAACGAGAACAAGAUGCGGAAGUCGCUGAAGAACCGUGCUGUCAUUCCUCGAUCAAAGAAGGCAGUGGAGAUGGAGAAGAUGGAGGCUGCUCUCCAAAAGGCCGGCUACGACACUUCAGCAAUCGCCGAGCGUGCCCGCUCGCAAUCGCGAGGACGUGUUAAGAGCCGCGCCGACACCGAAAGCGCAUACGAUCCCGAUGCUAUGGACCUUGAUGAGGACAAGAAGGCCCGUCUGUCUCGCAGCAUCUCUGUUGCACGUGCGAGAAGCCAGAGCACCAACAGGAGAGAUGACGGUGUCACGGAUGUGACUGCACGUAGCAAGGCCGAUCGUCUUGCGAAGUUGGGCCAGAAGAAGAUGAACAGAAUGGCUCGACAGGGUGAGGCUGAUAGGCAUACGACUGCUGCGAAGCCGAAGUGGCUCAUUGCUGGAAAGAGAGGUGCUGGUAGCACGAGAAGUCGUUAA